UCUUUCAAUGCCCUCGAACCACACCCGUCUUGUCUCAUACAGCCCACAACAGCGACUAUGCCUGCAGACCCCUCAAAAGACCGUCUCCUAAUCACCUCUGCGUCCGGUAAACAAGCCGGCAAACUCCUCCCUCUACUCUCCAAGUGGCAGAACAUCCGCCUAGCCGUCCACUCCUCCUCCUCCAAAGCCCGUCUCCAACAAGACUACCCCCGUGCUGAAGUGAUCCAAGCCGACCUUUACUCCCCUUCAGACUGCGCCUCGCUCCUCGAAAAUGUCACCACAGUCAUCCACAUAGGUCCCUCCUACCACCCCCACGAAACAGAAAUCGGCAAAAUGAUGAUUGACGCCGCCGUUGCCGCCUACUAUAAUGGCAACGGAGUGUUCAAGCAUUUCAUAUUGAGUAGCGUGUUGAACAGCCAGUUCAGUAAGAUGUUGAAUCAUGACUGUAAACGAGUUGUCGAGGAAUGGAUAAUGGAAUCUGGGAUUCCAUACACUAUUCUUCAGCCGAGCACAUUUAUGGAUAACAUACCUGUCGCUAUGCUGGCACAACAGGAUAAACCGGUGUAUCCUGCCCUAUGGAGUACGGAAAAUAGGUUCUCGAUGCUUGCAUUAAGUGACUUGGCUGAAGUGUUCAAGGUUGUGGCGGAGGAACGGGAAAAGCAUUUUUAUGCGCAGUAUCCGCUUACGUCGACGCAUCAGCCUAUCAGUUUUGGAGAGGCGUUGCGUAUCGUUGAGGGAAAGAUUGGUAAACAGGUCAUGGUCGAGAAGAAGGCGUUUGGGGACGCGGUGGAUGCUCUGCUAAAGAGGUUGUUUAAGCUUGAAGAUGCUGCGCAGGCGGAUAGGCGGAGUAGAGAUACGGCGGAAAGGAUGAUUUUGUUCUAUGAUGCGAGAGGGCUGGUGGGGAACAGCAAUGUGUUGGAGUGGGUGCUGGGGAGGGAUGCGUGUCAGUUUGAAGAGUUUGUUGAUCAGGCGGUUCGUGGAAAAGGAGAGCAAAGCACGAGAUGAACGACGCGGCGGACCAGUACGCAGACAUUGCAUGAUAAUGAUUUUGUAUUUGCCUUCGUCUUGCAUGACGAGAUUGCGCUCGCUCUCCCAGUCUUGCGCGUUAAAUGGUCUCUGAUUGUGAACCGGAUAUAGCAGAAAUGACCCCAACACCAACGCUGAACAGAUAGAGAAACAGCGGCAGUUGCAUGUCUAUCCAGACAAUAGCAAUGCCAUAAGAAGGACCGGAAAAUCCAAGCCCGAGAAUAUGUUGUAAAUAUAAACAUAAGAAACGUCGCAGUGACAGUAUGAAGACAAUGUUUGUGUGGUGAGUGUUUGAGCAUGCGAUCAAUUCUUGUAUCGCAAGUUGUUUCGUGACUCGGACACCGGGGAAUCCGAAGGUGUCUGUUUGGUAUCCGAGCUGUCGGAUGUUUGGAGGUUCGGUGGGUAGACGUCCCGUUAUGUCGUGUUUCAGAUCGCAAUGGAUAUGCAUGGGCAU